CCGGUGGCCGGUGCUGUUGUGUCCGUUGUAAUCCCCGCUCACCCCGUCAGCAGUAGCCAUGGUGGCCAAACAGAGAAUCCGGAUGGCGAAUGAGAAACACAGCAAGAAUAUCACACAGAGAGGCAACGUGGCCAAGACCGCGCGGAACGCAGUGGAUGAGAAGUCCUCGGUAGGACCCUGGUUAUUGGCGCUGUUCAUAUUCGUGGUGUGCGGUUCUGCUAUUUUCCAAAUAAUCCAGAGCAUCAGGAUGGGCAUGUAAAACUUUCUCCAGAUGUUACAAUUCUCCUGUGAAGUAUAACAUGGACUCUUGACAUUUUAUUUUCUGUUAAUUUGGACAACGAAAAACGGAUUUCACAAAACUGCCUGUUCCAGAAUGACGCCGUAAGCAGUGAUCAUCCGAGUCAUUCCAGACGAUUCCACCAAAGUCAUUCCAAGUUUUCUAAUCCAUACCACAGUGCCUUCAGAGAGCACCAUAUGCAUAAGAGCAAUAAAAGCAGAUCUGCUGUCGUGGAGCUACUUAUUCAGUGAAACGUCAAUCUAUGUGGAACUAAUUUGUAUGCAAUGUAGAUACCUGUAGUCUAAAUAGGUUUUGUGUUUGGAAGCUGUUUUUGUUUUGUUAAAUAAUCUACAUUUUUUUUAAUGUAUAAAAUUGGUUAAUUCUUUUUAAUUUAAGAAUCAAAAGCUGGAAAAUUUAGUAAUUUGAAUAUUCUCUGUAUGCUGCAAGAAAAUGUCAUGUGUUCUCACUUUGUCAGGCGCUUGCUUUGUGCAUAGAGGCUUCAUAAUUUUCUGGAAAGACCCCUUUUCUCUUGCCCAAAAAGCACCUGUAAUGUGCCACUUCCCAGUCCUUUACUGUAGGAUGCACAAUGGACUGGCACAGUCACCAAUAUGCUAGAGUAGGUGCAGACCUAUGUGAUGAUUCCCAACAAUAGAGCUGUCUGGUCAAGUCAUUCUGGCUUUUACAAAAUACUGUAGACAUAUCCUCAAUUUAUUUGUCUAGCCAAUUUUUGCAUGCGAGAACCCACUUUCCAGUUUUACCAGUAUUUAAGAUGAUGGUUAGUGGCUUGGCACAGCUCUCUACAACCAUAGGUAAUUCAACAAAAUGUCACCUACCUAUAAGCGGUGUAAAUUUGGUGCGUUUUUGUAAGAAAAAUACAAAUAAAACAUUACAAAAAUG